GUACAUAGCGGAAGGAAGUGCAAAAACGAAAAAAUUCAUCACAAAAUUUUCAGUUCUGCUUGCUCUCGUUAUAGUAGUAGUUAAUAGUAGUUUUUGUUAACUAAAUAAAUUGAAGGGAAAAGUAAUUUGCGAGGUUUCUAAAAUAGUGCGUUAUAAAAAACACGAAAUGUGUGAAAAUCAGCAUAAACCUUCAAACAUAAUGGCUGAAGAAGAGGAUAAGGAAACUCGUUACGAGAAGGUUUGGAAUCGGGUGAAGGUUUACAUUCCAUUCCUUCAAGAGCUGAUCAGUUUCUACAAGAAUGAUACCAAACAAAAUAGACAACAACAGCUUCAGAAGAUCACCACUAUGUAUGACUUACUAACAAACCAAAGAUUAAACUAUGCUUCUUUGUGUAAAUGUGAAGGCGUGCUUAUAAAACUGUACGAAACGAAUGCGUUAAAAAAGAAGCCUAUUGACGAGACUUCGGCAUCAAGCUCGGGCGAAUCCAGAAAGCCCAUGCCAAAUGCUGAGUUGGAAACUCCAGCGUCUCCAUGUGAGGAGGAUAUUCCUGACGAACCAGAAAACUUUUCGACACCUGACAAAAAUUCGAAGUCAGAAGAAUCUCAUCCAGCGGAAUUAGUGAAUGCUAGGAGUAAGCCCCCACUAUCUCUGGAUGAAAUUCAGCGAUUAAUUAUGGAAAAGCCUGGACCAAGUACUGUUCGUCCAGAAAAUGGAAAUAACUUGUCAAAAGCUAUUAAUGACACAUUGAAAAUUUUAUCGAAAGACUUCCAUAGAACAUCCCAUGAGGAAGCUAUGCGCUCGAAUACUUCAGAUAAUUCAUUUGAUAGCUGGGCCCAUACAAACGUUCCACAUUCACCGACGUACCCUCCUCAUCUCCCUCCACCAAAUAGAGCACAUUCCUCUGGUGGAUCAAAUUUUUGGGAUUCGGAGAAUGACUCAUUUGGUAGCUUUCCGCAUUCAGCUGGUCAUUCGUACCAUAAUGUCCACGCACGAAACUACAAUAAUAUUGAGUUGCCACCGCGACCACCGAAAUCGCCACCGUUAUAUCGCCGUCGUGACGAUUUACCUAUGGAUAGCGUGCGAUUCAACAACGACCGCAUGGACAUUUCACCAAUGUAUUCACCGCCCUCUGAAAUCCGAUCACCACCGACAAGCGUUCCUUCUAUGAAUAGCAAAGAUCCUCGUUUAAGAAAACCAACUGUCAGCAGCAACGAUCCACGACUGAAUCGCAUUAAUAUUCCACAACCGCAACCACUGCCUGGCCCUGUACUGAACGAAUUGCCGAAAUGUGUCGCUCCCAACCCCAAUCUUCCGUUGGAGUUACCGAAAAAAGAUCAACCGAAACGCCGUCUGAGCAUCUGUGCUAAUCAAGUGAUAAUUGAAGAGAUCCCACCCGAGCCUACUCUUCCAAAUAACUCGUUCCCCGUUCGUCGUCAAAGUAUUACUGGUGAAUUCGGAUCUAAUGAUUAUGAUGAGCCAUUCCAUGGGUCAAAUUUUUACCCACCAUCAGGCCCAGUUCAACCCACCCCGAAUCCUUAUAAUGAACCAUUCCAUGGAACUGCUUUCCUUCCAACAUCGGGUCAGUCUCAGUUGAAUCCUGCAAUGCUUCCGUCACCUACACAGUCAAGUCAAUUAACAGUACCACCUCAUUCAAAUGAGAUUUCUUCAGUAGCUGACCGCGAUCCACGGCGAAAACUUUUACAACAUAGUUUGGAGUACAUCAACCAACAUCCUAAUUUCAACCAGCAGACUCCAACAAGAUUUGAUCGUCCUCCAGCGGUGGUAACAAAAAAAGCACCUCUCACGUAUCUGGAGUAUCGCCGUCAGAAAGAAGAGCGAGAAAAGCAAAUGUCAAAUGGUAGGCCUGGAAAUAUGAAUAAACCCAACAACACAGGCAAGCCAGCAAAUCCUGAACUCGAUAUUACAAUUGGAAUGGUUCCGAAUAAGUCGCGAGUGGCUGCUAAGGCUUAUGCAAAACCAGUGAAAUUCAAAGAUCAAUCAAGCAAGGAACGUCGAUUUGCUCCACCCAUGAAAGAUAAAUCAAAACCAGAAACGAAAAACCUCUCUUCUAAACCACAAAAAAAUGAUCACCCAUCAUCGGCUAACAGGACAGAUAAGAAGCGAGAUGCACCGGAGAAAGAGAAACAAUCUGCUGCAUCAAAAGCCAAAGAUCUUUUUGGGGAACAGCUUUCGCAGUUUGAUAAGAUGUACCGGACUGGAGAUUUUUCGAAAAAAGCUCCUCCGACAUCCGUUAUUGGUAGCUUUAAAAUUCCAAAAAUCAAACGUGUUGAAAAGUCGUCCGAUAAUGAAAUGCGCAAUGAAAAGGUAGAAAAUAAUGCAAAUGAACAGCGUACUGAAAAAUCUCUUAGCAAAUCACCCGAACCUGCAAAGAAUAUUGUUGCGGAUGACGAUAUGUGGGAUGCAGAGGAAACAAACUCUACUGCGAACCCUCAGCUAGCAGUAUCAUUAACGCAGCAAAAAGUCGCUGAAGGUCCUACAGUAAAGGCGUCAACAGCCGAUGAUCCAAAAAAUAAAUCAACAAUGCAAAAUCCACUAAAGACACUCGUAGAUGAUGAUCUUUGGGAUGACGAGGCUCCAGUCGUACCAAAAUCAAAGGAUUCUGAAGCAACGAAGGAAAUAGAACCCGCGACAGAAAAGGAGAACAAAGAGAGUGAUGGCUUUCAGAUACCUGGUUUACCUGCACCACGUCGAAUUAUUCGGAGAAGGAAUUCUGUAGCUUCUCACGACACGAACUUAGAAAAGCGAACAUCGUCUCCUGUCCCAGUCUUUGUGCCGACACGUAUAACAAGAAGGAGAAAUUCAAUUGCCAUUGCUCAGCUUGAGAAUGAUCAUGUCGUCCCACCCAAGGGCCAUUCCAGAUCAGUACAAGAGAAGAAGAAAGCAGCAACGAGCGGCGAGGUUGAGGAAGAUAUUGUACGACCUCGUAAACCUAGAAAGCGGAAGGUAAUCAUCGAUGACGACGAUGAAGAGGAGAACGUAGUUGGGAUCGUUCCAUUGACAAGCCCAGGAAAGUCGAUAGCGACUCAACAGGUUCUUACUGAUGGUACGACGGAAGCUAAACCAACCGUUGAAGUAGCCGUAGAUCAUGUUGCCACAGCGUCUGUCGAAGAGGAGAACAAUGAAAACGUGGUUUCCAGCACCACUAACGAAGCGAAAUCCCAAAAAACAAACAAAAAGCGUAAAGGCAGAGGAAAAAAUCCGACAACUUCGGCAAGUGAUGAUGCUACUACAAAAGAAUUAGUAACCGAUAUUUCUGCAACUGAUAAGGAACCACCCGUCGAAGAAAGCUCCCACGGUGUUAGUAAGUCAGAGGCUGAUGAAAAAGAGAAGCCAACGGAAAAGGAAACUGAUAAAGAAGCAAAAGAAGAAAAGGAGAAUAAAGAGUUAGUGGAAAACAUUAUGAGUAGCUCUAGUAGCCCGGAUAACAAAACACAGUUACUGGCUAUUCUUAGCAAAAUGUUGGACGAAAAAAAGCUAAAGAAAGUUCAGGAGAUCAUAGAGAGUCCAAGCGAUAAAAGCAUAACGUGUGCCGAACAGGACGAAAAACCGAACGAGGAGAUCUGUCAGAACCAACAGGAUGAUGCAGAAAGUAGUCGUGAACGUACUACGUCCACCUCAGUGAGUUCAACCAAUGAGAUGUGUGAGAAGGAUAAGUCAAUAGCAAAAAAGAAAAAUCAACCAAAACGAUCUGAAUUGGAUAAGCUUAAUGCAGAUAUUGCGGAGAUGUACAUCAGAGAUGGUGUACUUAAUGCAACUGGAAGAAGAAGCUGUACUAAAAAAACAGACACUGUAAAGAAGUCUCCUGUUAAGAAGAAAUUGCAGACAAAACAAUUAAAGACUCCGCCCGUGGAGGCCGCUUCUAAAUGUUCAGAUAAUAGUUCUCUUGCCACAACCAAACUGAAGAAAUUCAACAUUGUCGUGAAAAAAAUACCUCUUUCAGAAAUUGAUAAAUUUGUUAGGCGUAAACGAAAGCUAACGGAAGAAAGCGUUGUUCCAUGUGAGGAAGGGGAUGAUGCAGUAUCGGUUGCUUCUACUAUUUCGCCAAAAUCGAAGAAAAAGAAGAAAAGCUGCUGGGCAACUGGUAUAGUACCGAAAAAGAAGAAAAAGCUGGAACCAGUCAAACAAACCCCGCCUUCUCCAGUAAAAUCAUACUCGCCUAAACCAGUUACAAAGAAUAUCAGUCGAGAGCUUCACUGUAAGAAUGAAGCGAAGUCUACGAAUUGUGCUUUGUGUUCUUAUACGGGUACACUGUCCACCAUGGUGCAGCACUAUGUGCGAAACCAUCCUCUCCAUGAAGUGUACGUUAGUCGCGUUACAAACUCCGUGGCUAACAAGCUUAAAAAAGAUCCGAUUGCAGUGACUGGUAGCAUGAACGAUCAGAAUAUUACAUUCCAGUGUAUAUUCUGUCAAGAGGUACUGACCAAAAAGAAGUAUAACUGGAAAUUACAUCUGGCCAGUCAUACCGGCGAAUAUCGAUACAAAUGUAACAACUGCACCAUCAAAUCGCUAGCACCAAGUACACAAUCGCACGAUCCAGAAUGUUCUGGUCCUGCAAUGGAGGUAAUCAACGAAUUAAUGUUCGAAGAGAAUCACAUCUACGGAUACAUGUGCCGACUGUGUAACUAUGUGCAACUUUCACGCACAAACAUGUUCGCUCAUUUGAAGGAAGAACACGAUCGAAAAAUCGCUAACCACGGUACGCUACAGUUCAGCAUACUGAAUUACGAGCCCGAGGACAUUGUUGAGCAAUCCCAAUCACAAGAGACGUUAACCUCGGAUAUUUCCAUGCCAGAACUGACUCCGCAGACUACCUGCCAACAAACCAAUUUGUCGGCCUUCAUAUCCAGCGCCAGCGAUGAAAUAGAAUCGCUCAAAGUGUUGAACGAUCGCAGUUUUGUUUCGCCUUCGAAGCCAUCAAUCAUUGAUAAACUCAAGCAAAAUUUUGAUGAAAUAAUGCGAAACGAAAACACACAAAACACAAGCAAAGAACCGCAAACAGCAGAUGACGAUGAGUGGGAAGACAUCGAUUCACCUACAAAGAACGUCCCAUCCAACAAAGUAUCGUCGAAGGAUAAAGUCCGGCGUUCUUUGGUCAGUUCUACACCAACUAGCGAGGAUAUCCCAAUGCCAACACCUUUAGCGCUGAAGGAAGAGCAGGUGGACAUUUUCGAGGGAAGACAGCUAGUGGCAAAUAUGGCGUUUAAUAAGAUUAGAGAAGAUAAAACAUGGUACCUUUGUAUGGUCGCUGAUUGUAAAUACGCAACAGAAGCGCGACCGGAUAUGUAUCGCCACGUAAAAGAGUUGCACUGUAAUGUCACGUGGGAUGGGUAUUGCUACCUGUGUACUGCUCAGGUGGUAAACGAUGAAAUCAGUGAAUUAGCGAAAGAGAUCAAGCACAUGGCAGUGGUUCAUAUGAAGGAUCACACGGCAGUAGAUGAAUUACUUGCUUUGUCGUCUACUAGUAUUGAUACAUCUUCGUUAGAGGACGGCCACACUAUUAAACUUCGUCGAUUUUCUGGAGACAAGCUUUCUAUUGGUACACCUGCCGAAGAUGUCGUAGAAGACCCAAUCAAACUCAAACCUUGGAUUGUCGAUGGACCUAGUUCGAAAAAUCGUUCCCACUCUCUUAAUAUGCUAGAGCAGAAAAGUUUGUUCUGUUUCUAUAAGUGCAUGGGAAUUACUUGCUGCUUCACAACCACGUUGGAAACGCAGAUGAGUAAGCACUUGGAUAACCACGAACUUGUCGCAGAUGUAUCAGGACCAGCCACAACUAAAAGUUGGCUUGAGUGCGCUUACUGUGACCUUCAUGCCGGGAAUAAGGUCGAUUUGAUGAAACAUCUUCAUAUUGUUCACUCCAAAAGUGUGCACCAGUGUGCUUACUGUUUCUACCGCAGCCGAGAUGCAUACAGCAUCGUUCUUCAUCAGAAAUUGUACCACGAGAAGGAUAAACGGCAGAUUCUACUGAUUCCUUCCGAAAAGCAAUCGAUGACUUCAGCCGAUCUCGAUCUGUUAAAUCGGCGACGACUAGAGAACAUUUUGCCGCUAAUUUGCACAGUAUGCAAAGCAGAAUAUUGUGGUCUCGAUGCGUACAUGACCCACCUUAAGGUAGAUCAUGCCGACCUUACGACGAUAGCCUGUCAGUGUUGCAGUGAAAAUGUGCUAAAGCCAAAAAUGCCGCGACACUUGCUGUUGCAUAAAAUUGGCAUCUACGAAUGUAUGUACUGUCAGUUCGGUAGCAACACAAUGGAAGCGGUCCAAACCCACGUAUGCAAUCGACAUCCGGACGAACUGUUUUAUUGCUGUGUGCGUCACAAUAAAACACCUGGGAAGACUAAGGAAGCAUCACUACAGUCGCUCUGUGAGCUACCAGUCGACGAUGACGUUUUCGUUUUCUGCCAGUUCAGAAUGGAAGAAUUGAACUAUAAAUCCCCUGACACGAAAAGUAAUAGGGAAAUCAACUUCUCCGACAAGCCGCAAGUGAUUCCACUGCAGCUGCCACCGAUCCGAUUCGGCGACACGAACAUACUCCUCAGUGCCCAAAUCCCAUCGACUUCGGCGGAUAGCAUUCGUCAAACGGUUGUCGUCAAAACAGGCGGUGCUGAAUUGGUUAGGAUGCCAACAAUUUCGGGCGUGUCCGGGGGAAUUGUUCUUCCAGGAACUUCUUCGGUACCAAUCAUCACUGCUGUGCAGGGGAACUACCAGGAGCCAACAGGGGUAUUGACAGCAUCCCACAGUUUGCCUGUCAUUUCGCAUGUGGCCGGCGGUUUUUCUGCAUCGAGUCAAUCCGUGAUGCCUGUGAUAACCAGAGUAGAAGGUGGCGUCGUUGGAAUGGCAACAAUUAAACCAGCUUCUUCUCUGGUAGGCACUAAAAUCAUCAUCUCUCCCAACAAGGGAUCGGGUGGCGUGCCAAUAAUAACUAACGUCUGUAGCAUCGGUACCCCGCCCCAGCAGUCUCGUGCGCCAACAGAAGACGAGGCUCUGAUGCUAGAGGCGGAACGGGUUGCGAUGGAAAUGAUUAAGGACACGGGGCUACCGAAAUCUGUAAUUUACAAGUGUGUCUUCAAAGGAUGCAAUUCUGUGCUGGCGGACGGAACUGGAAUGCGGAAACAUCUCACCUUUUCUCACAUGCCUUCGAAUCAGUACGCGUGCGUACAUUGCAAAGGAAAACCAUCUUUUCCAAAUGUCAUGGCAUUUACGCAACAUUUGAAAACCCACGAAGCGCAAAGGAUCUUCUGCUUCAUGUGUGACUACAAAGGCUCGUUCCCGCCGGAAGUUAUCAAACACGUGAAAGACGUACAUAAAACAAACAAACCAACUAUACUAUUCCUUAACCCGAAGAAGAAUGAUCCAAACAACGAUAUAAUAUUGUUUGCACCAGGCCAACCAGCGGAAACUGAAAAGAAGGCAUUCUAUAAAAAGUUGAUCGAAAUCUACAACCACAAGCUGCAGGCGGCGUUGAACCAGCAGAAGACACAUUUUGCUCCGGAGGAAUGCGAAAAUCUACCGAAACAAGCGAUCUUCAGUCAAAUGGUUUACUGUAGCAGCUGCCAAUAUUGCACCAAGGUUCGGUUGAACAUGUUCCGUCACUUGAAAGGUCAUUUGAAUGACAUGCCGGUUUCAAACGUUGAUCCUAAAAAUCCGGUGCCUUGUUGGGGUCAAGGAGAGAAACACUUUGAUAGAAUGAGAAACCCAGCCGCCAGCUCUCAGGAAGAUGACGAUCUGAUUCAAUCAUUGUGCUUUGUACAAGAAAACAAGCGAUAUAUUUGCGGUGCGGCAGAUUGUCGCUAUUUGACGAUCAACGAAACUAUGCUACGAAAUCAUCUUAGCACCUUGCACGCGGAUGCAAAGGAUUACAAAUGUCCGCACUGUCCAGCGGUACACAUUUUCUCCGGCCAGUUGAAUGUCAGUAAACUUCUGGAACAUUUGAAGUUACACGAUAAGGAGUUGUACCGUUGUAGCAAAUGUGGUAUGUUUCUUAACAACAAGAACGAAAUGGACCGCCAUAUCAACGAAAAGCAUUCAACGGUUGCAAACGUGUCGAUUUUCGUUAUCCGAGAUGGAAGCACUGCCGGCAGUGUAUCCAGUGUUGCGGCUGACGAUGAAGUCGUUUUCAAAUGGAAGUGCGAUGUGUGCAAAUUUAAAAGUGUCACUAUUUCGGAAAUGCGAGCACAUAUGCAAGAAACACACAACAUCAACGCAAAAUAUCGUUGUUCCCGCUGUUUGUAUAGUUGCUCCAAUAAGUCUUUGUUCAGCGGACACUUUGAAAAGGAUCAUCCAGGUUGCGAAAUUGUUAUAAUCUCAAUGUACAAAGCGAUUGAUGGAGACGAUAGUCGAGCUGAUACAACACCGCUGUGGAGAAGAGAAACCAGCAAAACUAGAAGCAUUCGAGGAAUCAUGGUAGAAGUAGAUGAGAAUGAAGACGAUGAGACUGAGGAGAAUAUUGAAGAAAAUAUAUCGGAAUCGAAUGAAUUGGUAUUAAGCGUACAUUUAGCGGAACCUGGGUCAAGUGGUUUAGCAAAACGCAAAAGUACCGAAAGUAGUGUUACCAAUUUGCCAGCUAAACGACCCAAGCAAGAUGAAUCAAUUAUAAAAGCUUUCAAAUGUGGGAUUAAAGGUUGCGAUUAUGUUAAUGAUUUUGGAUCCGGUAUCGUAGCCCACUUCAAAACAGUGCACCCGAAUGAUAAGCCAUCCGUGCUGAGAAAUGCUCUAGCCUGUCCAGAGCAAUCACGAUUUGAUUACUUCAUGAAGUAUGCUUGCUUCUACUGUGUGAAGAAAGCAGACACUUUACAAGAGCUUCUACAGCAUUGGCGACAGCUGCACAAAAUGAGCGGUCGUCGAAGUCAAGAUAAGCCUUUCCUGUUUCGUACGGCUAAGAUCAUCCUUUGUUUUUAUUGUCGUAAAGGAGCCGUGAUGCCAGAAAUGAAAUCCCACUUUAGUAGUUGUCAUCCGGGUCAGCAACCGAUCUACUUAGACUUUCGCAAUCCGAAACGAUGUGCGGAGUGUGAUUUUGUAGCCGGGGUCAACCGAUUGGAUAUGGUGAAACAUUUCGCUGCAGAGCAUAAAGAGGAAAAUGAAUACGCAAAAGGUUGGAUCGACUAUCUGUCUAAUGAUGUCCUUGAUAAAAUUCUGAGUCUGAAUUCUUUUACCUAUGGCUGCGAGAAGUGUGAUUUCACCACAGAGAACAACUCGGACUUCAACGUUCACUACGGUAUCAAACAUCCAGGUCAGAAGGUCGAGUUUAACGAAUUCGCCAUGGAGAAGAAAGUGAUCUACUAUUGUUCUUUCAAUAAUUGCAAACGCGAGUUUUUUAGCGAACAAGACAUGGCCCAGCACAUUUUACAACACGUACCACCGUUCAAAUGUUUGUGUAAUGCGGGGCAGUGUGUCGCCCAGUUCCGUUCGUUUACGAUGCUUUUGCAACACUUCCAGACCACUCAUCCUCAUCAUACCCUACAGUACGCGUUAAAAACACCCGACGAGUACACACAGGUGCUGCGUAUGGUGACCAUCCAAUUCUGGAACGGAUUCGUGAUGACACUCGAAGAUGCACGCCAAGCUGGCAAUCGAUAUGGCAGCUACGAAGGAUUGUUCAAAAUUGUUGAUGAGAUAUGCGCAGAAUCCGUAACGGCGGGGACGCGGUUUAUAUUGUUUGAAAAGCAAUUGUUUUGCGCGAUGACUACACUAACGAUUAAUUCUGCUUACGAAAGAAUUUUCAACGCGUCUUUGUGGCAGAACGGGUCGAUAAAGAAGAGCAGUAUAAGCCGGUGCAAGAAGCGCUUGUGCACUCGGCGCCCUGCUGCCGUUAAGCAGGGCCGCAUUCAUUGCGGUGCGUUGCUGAUUGAGCAGCUAGAUGCCUGUUAUGAGGAGCUCAGUAUUGCGAUAAUGGCAGAGCUAGAUGAGCGUGAGCGAAUAAAUCAGGAACUGCGAGAAAAGGUUCACCAGCAGCUGGAUGCAGCUCGGGUGCUGAUAGAAAGCUACCAAGGUUCGGAUGCACCGAAAAAAUUAAUCGCUGCGCAACAUGCUAAACUGGAGGGUUUGGUGACUGAUCGAAACAAGAGGUUAAAAUCUGACACUUUGCGUAAACUACUCGGCAGUAUUGAAAUUUUGAUCAAUAAGGUGAAAAAACGAGAUGAAGCUGCAUCCGUAAGCAGUUCUGAAUCUUCGGCGAUUACCACUUCCCAUCCGGAAUCGCCAACUAAGCCAGAAAUCCCACAGGAGAAAGCUUCCCCGCCAAUUUCUGAAAUUUCUUCGGUGGUUACAAACUUUGUUUUGCCGUGCAGGUCAGAAACUCCAGAACAGAAUGCUGCGCCCGUUUUGGACACUGUCAAGGAAAUCCCUUUGAAGGAAACAACACCUAUUGCGACAACUCUAACGGUGAUACCUGCAGUUGUGUCAACAGAAGCGCCUGCUGUAAGUCUAGUCGAGAAACCAUCGGAAGUGCGUGCAGCUGUACCGAAGGAAAUAAUUUCUGAAGAAGCGAAAUUUAAACAGAAACCUCAAAUUCCAUGGCGAACACCAUUACGAUUGGAACCGCUUCAAGAGGCUUUCGAGAAACCAAAGGAAAAAGAAAAAUUCGCAAAAAAUGAGAGAAAGAGAGUUGCGAGAAACGAGCAGAAGAAGAAGGAUUCGAGAAAAUCGAGGGAAGAUUACAUAAGACAAGAAAAGGAAACAGCAACGAGAAAAGCUAGAGAGCAAAAUGCUAGACAAGAGAAAGAAAAGAACGUAAGAAAAGAGAGACAAAAUGAUAAAACCAAACAGAAACAGCCGUCAACAUUAGUUGAGCCUGUUAAGGCCCCUGAACCGGAACGAUUGGCGCUUCGAUAUAAACCGAAGAAGCGCCCAGCAGAAGAUGAACCUGCUAACGACACACAGUUCAAGAAACCGUUCCCUAAACCGUCAAAUGAACCCCUUAAACCACUAUUUCAGCGACGUCAUCAGCUUUCUCCUGUGCAGCCUGUCUACAGCAGUAAAGAUCCGCGCAAUUACGGUGAGUACUGCCAGCGUCAGGUGAUGCAAAUGCAAAACCGUGCUCGAUUCGAAAGUCAAAACCAGCAGUAUUACCGACAACGACCACCCGUACCAGUAGCUCAGAAAUCGGCAACAUCAGCGCCUUCUUUUGCGGUUCCAGCUCCAACUCCACCCACGCUUCCAUUGUCUACGGCGAAGCCAUAUGGUCGACCACCAGCUCCGAAGGCAUCUGUGUCACCCAUGUUUGCACGACCCCCACCACCAAAAGUGACAGCUGUUCGGCCAGAGUGCAAAAAGACGAUUAAUCCGGUUUACGCUAGUGAUGAACCGAUCAGACUCGGGAAAAAAGAACCGCCAAAGAAAUUUGUUUCACCUGCGAAAUCAAUAGAAAAGCCCAAAGAAGACCUUUCACCGAAGGCGGAUGAAACGACUGUGGAUGUGCCAAAAUUGGAUGUUAAGAAUGUAGAGGAACCAGCGAAGAAUGUUGAAAAGUCGAAAGCACAAGAGGAGAAUAAAAAAUCUGAGGAAGAACAAAAGAAUACAACCGAUGAAAAGGACAAUGAACUUAACAAGGAGUUAAUGGAUUUGUUGAAAGUGAUUGGGGAUGAAGAGAAAGUCAACCGUAUUCUGAAUGUGAUGAAUGAUAAAUCCGAUGACGAAACAGAAGAGAAGAGUCGACCGGUUAAAAAGGAUACUGCUGCUGCUGCAAAGGAGACGGCUACCAAGAAUAAGAAGUACAAACGUAUUCGAUCUAAACUUGACGAGUCAUCGUCGGAGGACGAAUCAAACAAGAAGGAUGACCAGAAGAAGGAAAAAUCCAAGACUGGAAAACUUACUACUGCUGGUAGCAGGGAAUUGAAUAUGUUGAUUGAAAACAGUAGCGAAUGGAUGUCGAAGGGUGCAGAAAUCCACCACAGUAGAAGAAGAGGAACAUCAUCGGCGCAAAAUAGCGCAUCGAGUAAACAAUCUGAUUCAAAGCGUUCGUCUAUUGCUAACGACCUACUACUCUCUUCAGACGAGGAAGAUUUGGCGACAGUCGCUAAAAAACAAGAGACAGAAGAAGAGUCAUUGCUGACAGUAGUCAAAGUCGCACCGGUUUUGCCAAAAGGUAAAACCAAGUCCAAGACCAAGGAGACAACUUUCGUGUACAACGAUAAAAAGCAAGUUCAUUAUAAUAGUAAUUACUCUAGUAAUUGUGCUCUCUGUUCUUUCAAUGGAUCAGCAAUUGUCGAUCACUACGUAUACGAGCACAAACAGUAUGAGGUAUUUGUUAGCCGGGUGUCGCCGAAAAUGGCAGAUAUAAUCCGUACGGAUCCGUUUCUCACCAAUGGACUGCUUCUAAACGAGGGUACGGAUGAUGUAAAGAUACGUUUUAAAUGCUUCUUCUGUCUUUCCACACAAGAACUUUCUCGCGCCGAUUGGACGGCGCACUUGACAUCUCACACGGGCGAAUAUCGAUACCGUUGUACUAGUUGUCCGGUGAUGUCCCAAACUGAGGAAUUGGCUAGCAAUUUCUUCCACGAGAAAACCUGCCUGAAGCCGUCAUUGGUACUUUAUAAUAAUAUCGAAUUUCAAGACAACCACAUGUACGGCUUUAUGUGCAACGUUUGCAACUAUAUACAAAUACGCCGGGUUAACAUGGAGCGCCAUUUGAAGCGGGAGCAUCCGUCGGCUGACAUCACUUGCAGUCGAUUCAGUAUUGUCAACUAUAAGAUUGAAACGAAACCCAUAAUCGACGAAGAUCAACUGAUGGCCGAUAUGGCAUCCUCGGGAAGCAGUAGCAUCAUGCCAGCUGUAAUGAUUCCACUACAGGCGAAAGACGAACCAAUGGAGGCUUGUGAGAUUGUUAAUCAACCGUUCACUGAGGAUGAUGAGCAACCAUUAGAACCAGUGGUGGGUCCAUUGGCAGCGCUUAUGCGACGGGCAGAUAUUCGUUUGAAUUCAGUGCAUAUUGGUCCGGCAGGAGUGUACGGGCAUUUGGAGCAUAGGCCGUUCUCCUUGAAGUUUGAACAGGAGUUGCAAGCUGACCAAGUAAGCUCGAGUGGUGGCUUCUACGAAUCUCCAAUGUCACCGGAACCAGCUUUGUUGGACGAACCAUCAGAGGCACAAGCUGUUAUACCGAUUAUGCAAAUAGAAUCGGUUGAAGGUGGAUUUGAAUUUAGUAGUGAUUUUCUCAAGAGAGAAACCAACGAGGUUGAUUAUGAAUCGGACGCCAGUAAUAGUACAACAGAAUUAAAUAUGUCUGAUGCUACCGAAGAAGGUCAGCAAGGUGGACAGAAAUCUGGCAAUGGGGGGAAAAAUAAUGAAUCCACUGGCAACGGAGGAUCUGCCGGUAACUCUGGACAAGCUUCGGGCAAUGGAAAUGGCGAGGGUUCUUCGUCUACAGGAAGCGGAAGUGGCACAGGUGGGGCUGCUGGCGCCGGUGGAGACGACGGGGAUAAGGGCAAGAAAGGCGAAUUCCCGACUCCUGUUAAGAUUAAAGUUGAGAAAGAGGAUGAGGAUGAACAGGAGAAGAAGAAACAAGAAGCUGCAGAACAAGCGGCUGCUUUCGGAACUAUAGUGGUUAAAACGGAAAAGCCAGAUGAAAUUGAAGAUCAACCGGCAAUCGAAGACGCGUACGACUUUGUAGAACUAGUACUGGAUAGUACCCGGAUCGAGCAUGUCGCUUACCUUGAACAUCAGUCAGAUAUAUUACAUCUUUGUCUGAUGCCGGGCUGCCAAUACAUUUCAAAAAAAGCUCCCGACAUUGUCAAUCAUGUAUCAAAGAGACACAGUCAUGUUAUUUGGGAUGGUUAUUGUCAUCCGUGUCAAUCGCAGAUCGUCAUCAUGGAUAAUUGCACAAUAGCUAACGAGUUGCAGCACUUGUUGGAGGUUCAUGCUCGAAGAAAAACUCCUACACAAGAAGUGGCCGAUGUUCGCCCCCCAGUCUCAAAUGUUAUUCGUAUUCGCAAAAUGCCAGGGGACACAUUAUCAGCAGUUGAAUCAAAUCCUCCUCCACUAACACCAAUCAUGUCACAAGUAGCUCCCAUUGUUCCGGGGCCAUCAACCAUCGUCAUGGGUCAGCAAGGAUCGAGGAUUAUUCAGUCUGGCGCAACGAUGGGACCCAUCGCUUUGGGAAAUAGCACCAUGAUUACUCCAACUCAUACAAUUCCGGCACAGAUUAGACCAAUUGCUUCCAAGCCAACUACCACGGUAAUGUCCAUCAACAACUCUCAACCUGCGCCAGUAAACACCGGUGUGCCAUCAAUGGCUAACCUUCGCAUAAGUACCGUUCGCUUAAAACCCUGGACUAACAUGGUAACAACGAAAAAUCAGGAACACUGCCGGAACAUGCUAGAGGAAAUCAGUCUGCUUUGUCUGUACAAGUGUAUGGCUCGGUCAUGCGCUUUCACCACUAACAAUCGAUUCUUCAUGGAUCAACAUUUGAAUCUGCAUGAAAGUCGAUACGUUCCAGGACCCAGUGCACCUCGGAAAUGUUGGUUGGAAUGUGCUUACUGUGAGCUGAUUGCACCCAAUUGUAACAUGCUGUUGAUUCACAUCGAUUCCGAUCACUCUACGUGCGGAUUCCAGUGCAAUCUGUGUUUCUACCGUAGCCGAGAUCCAACAAACGUUGUAGUGCACCAGAAAACCUACCAUCCGACGCCCAAUGAAUCGAAGAAGAUUCUAAUCAUGCCGGACAAUCUGAGAAGCUUUGGGGAUGACGAGUGGAGAGCGAUGCAAGAUUCAUUGCGCAAAAAUGUACUGCCACUUCACUGUACGAUUUGCAAGGAAUCGUACUACAUCCUGUCGGCAUACAUGACCCAUUUGGCCGGCCAUACGCAAGGUUUCGUCUGUUGUCAGGUUUGUAAUCUGAACAUCGAUAAGAAAAGCAUGGCCCGCCAUCUGCUGCUGCAUUCGAUUGGACUGUACGAGUGUGUUUAUUGUUUGUUUGGGGCCAACACCAAGUCCACGAUGGCCCUGCACGUUAGCAAUGCACACUGCUCAAAACCGCUGUAUUGUUGUGUUCGUUACAAUAAAAAGAGACCCGAUGGCGUGGAUUAUCCUCCGAACAAAAUCGAGUCUAUGGAGUUAAAGACUAUGAGCUGCACUGUUUCUCCAGAUCUUUUCAAACGAUGUAACUAUACACCGGAAAUGUUGAACUACAAACCGAUCGAUCUCAAUAUGAAUCAAAUCAUGUCUUAUCCUAAACCGGUGCAGAGAGUGGUUUCAAAUGCCGUGGCUACUCCAGCCGCCAAUACAUCAUCGGCCAAUCCGGGGGCAAACAUCCAAAUCCAAAUAACGGACGAAGCUGGUCGUCCACUGAUUAUCUCCAUUCCGGUACAAAACAGUGCCCCUGUAUCGUCUGCACCACCUCCACCUAUUACACAACCGCUGCCUGGAUCUGCUGUACCACCUACCGUUCAAAUGCCCAUGAUCACAACGGUACAAGGUGGAGUUCCAGUAAUGCCUCAGCCAGCUCCACUUCCGGUCAUCAGUAGCGUGCAGGGAAUGGCAACGCUUCCCCCACUAACCGCUAUUCAACGUAACGACAGCUUACCCAUCAUCAGCAGCGUACAGAGUGUCGCUCAGCCACCAAACAUUCAACCGGCCGUGCCACCAAAAAUUCCGACGCUGACCGCCAUCAAUGCUGGCGGAAUGGUUAACAUACCGAACAUUCCAGGUAUCACUAUAACAGCCAAACCCGUAACUACAUGUGGUGUUACAUCAAGCUCAUCGUCCCCUAAUGUUCAGUCGAGCCCCGCUGGUGCCAAACCAAUGGUAUCUCUCGCGGAUAGCAUUUCAUCUACAACUCCGUUAACUUCUGAAACACCAGUCGCUGCAGAAUUAACAGAACCGAGAAGUGACAUGUACACAACAACGGUUGCCGAAGCGGAUACCCAAUCCGCCAAUAACGACACCGUUUCGGUUGAGUCAGAUGAUGAACUCAGGACGGGAGGAGCUAGUAAAUGCAGUACUCCGGUUCCGUCGCAAUCGCCGGGUCCAGGCGGUUCGAAAGACACAUCACUUACGAAGAAAUUUUCCAGUACUACUCAGAUUCGAAUUGAUUUCCUGUUUAAAGGAAAUAUCGAGCGGUUUGACCAGUUGGAAAAGAAAGUCAGUCAAAUGAUUAAGCAUACCGGUUUUUACGGGCAAGAGUUGAAUGUGUGUGGAGUGGAUAAGUGUACCAGUCGAUUCACCGAUCCGGUUAAGCUCAAUUUGCACCUGUUGAAACAUCACAACGUAUCGACCUACAAGUGUUUCCACUGUAAUGAUCGGUUCAAAACGGCACACGAACUGAUAACACACAUCAAAGCCCAUGGUCGGCAUAGGUACAUGUGUUUCCUGUGCGAUCGGAAAAGUCAUUUCCUGAAGAUGAUGAUUUUGCACGUCCAACAUGACCACAACAGUACGGACGUGAUUUUGACAUACCUUCAUCCGAAGAAACGGGACAUUCACAACGAUUUGGUGGUCAUCUGUCCGCAGAACGUGACUAGUUUUCAGCUGCAGAGCUACAUUGAUAAUAUCUUGAAGGAGGACGGUGCUGUGGUGGAGAAAAAGCACUUUAGUCCUAGUGAAAUCGAUCAACUACCACCGCAGGACAUUUACCUUGAGGAUGUUUUCUGUUCUACUUGUGACUAUUCUACUAAGAUUAGAAAGAAUUUGAAGCGUCAUCUUGAGAGACAUUUGGAAGCUCCUGGGCAAGAACUGACGCUGCAAACAAAGCAGGAUCCCGACCACGUGUUGACAUCUGCUCCUGUAGUAUCGAAUGUAAAUGUUCCGCAAAUGAUUGCACCUGUUAAGCUGUACCAGUGUGGAAUUUGUAAGUUUGAUUGCCCGCCAGUGUUGGCCGACUUCCGCGCACAUUUAUUCAGAACCCACCGACAGGAGAAGGUUUAUAAAUGUUCACACUGUGAGGCAACGCUGAAUGACGGCUUUAUUUGUAUCGACAAAAUUGUGAACCAUCUCAAGCUGCACGGGGAAAACUUGUACAAGUGUAGCGAAUGCGAUUUCUAUCGUGAUGAAAAACAUCUGAUAACAGCUCAUGUUAAGCACAAUCACGCUCCAGGGGUAACGGUGACAACUAUCCGUGAGGCGAUUACAAGCGAAGGGCGAGAAUGGCAAUGUGACUUGUGUGAAACAAUACGGCACACUCGUGAUGAAAUAGCAGAUCACAUGACGACUGACCACAAACUGACUGACAAACAGUUCAAAUGCUCCCUUUGCUCCUAUAAAUCUUCUGAUUAUGACACAUUUAAAGUCCACUUCUCAAGUAACCACCCGAAGAGCGAAAUACUGAUCAUUUCACUUUACCAUGAGCUUCCUGCAAAUGACACUCGGACGAUAAAGACUGAUGGCAGAGCGAGUGUAGAGCAAAGCGUAGCCCCACCAGAUGGUAGCAAGAAGAAAAAGUUUUCAUGUGGCAGCGACAAUUGCUCCUAUUCAUCUACCGAUCUGGAAUGGGCCAAACGACACUUUCUCACAAGUCAUCCGGAUCAAACAUUAGUCGUGUAUGAUGAAUCCAUCACAGAAAAGGAGAAAAGAAAACGAUUCGACUAUUUCGUAAAGUACGUAUGCAACCACUGUCAAAUGCAGUGCGACACGAUCGACGAUGUUGUUGAACACUGGUGUCGAAAACACAAGGACGUUGACAAAUCUCCUUUAAUGUACAAACUGUUCAAACUGGUCCGUUGUUUCUACUGUGACAAGCUAUCGUCUUACUACGACAUCAAAAUGCAUGCCACAGUCAAUCAUCCGGGACAAACGUUUGCCUGUGUAGACCACCAAAAUGUAUUCAAAUGUGGCGAAUGUCCAUUCGUGUUGACCGGCAUGAAGAUCGAUUUACUGAAGCACUUCAAAAUCUAUCACAGCGCGAGUAAAACCGAAGACCCAUGUGAUUACAUCGACGACGAGUUCCUUCACCGGAUGCUGGAACAGAAUAAUAGUUUAUACACGUGCAACCACUGUAAAAUUGUCUUUUCAAGUCGCUUCGAGUAUGAAAAUCACAUCGAUGUGUGUUCCUUUGCCGGGCUACCGGCCAGCUUUACGUCAUCUUCGAAAUCGGUUCGCAUCCGAUACAUUUGCAGUUGUUGUAAUGACAUGUUCAGCGACGAGUACAGCAUCGCCAAGCACAUGCGAACUCAUCUGGCUCAGUACAAUUGUCGGUACUGUAAGCGUGAGUUCAAACAGUUAUCUCACCUGGAUCAACAUCAAAUGGUGCUGCACAAUGCUCAGGACAACGAUUUCAUACUUAAAGACCUGAAUCAGUACAGAAACUUUUUCCUUAAAAUUAAAAUGCUUUUUCCAAACGGUCUACUACUGAGCAAAGUGGAUGCCUACAGGACGGUAUGUGGUUCCGUCGAAGACAUAAUUAACUACGCUCGUAGUGUUAAUGACGAGGAGUUGAACCAGUUGAUGUACAACCGAGCAGUCGAACUUCCGUUGCGUUACGUUAACGAUUUCGGGGAGACCGCACAGACCACUUGUAAAGAGUUCCUAGCAUCGAAGCCUAAGAUGAUCCUAGAUCUAGAGAAUCUGGAUGAUGAGCAGCUAGAACAGAUCAAGGAACAAGUUUAUCUGCUUGCAGUAGCCACUGGAAAGACGGGUGCCACCAGUUCUGUUGCUGUCACUGUUAAACGGAAACGAGGUCGGCCGAAAAGAUACAGCCCAAUCAGUUCGAAUUCGGAAACGGAUGAUCAGGAUGAUGACGAUUGGCAACCAGGAACGAAGCGGAUGAACCUACGAGCGAAAACGACCAAAUCAUUCACCCAGGACAUGGUGGCUACCGAUUCGGAAUCGGAUGAUGAUUUUCUUAUCAAUUUGAAGAAGGAACGGUUGUAGGGUUCUUUUCAUUCUAAUUUGCUAGCUGUGUAAGAACGAGAAUUCGUGUGUCGAAAGUGAUGUUAGUCUUGAAUAAAUAAAUAAGUCUAAAACCAA